AUGUAUUCAUCAUUAUUUGAUCAACAUUGUCAAUUAAUUACUGAUUUUAUUAAAUAUCAUCGAGAUCAUAAUACUUCAUCAAUUUUUCAUACAUUAAAAAAUCGAUUUUAUGCUGCAUUUAUUAUAAAAAAAAGUCUAAAUGAUAUAGGAAAAGUAGUAGCAUUUGGUGUUGGUAGUCGAUGUACAUCACCGGAUAAUAUUGAUGAAGAUGGAUGUGUUCUAAUUGAUUGUCAUGCAUUAGCUAUGGCAAGACGAGCAUUAUUACAAUAUUUUUAUAGUGAACUUCAUCAAUUAGCUCAUGGUUUAUCUUCACAUCGAAAUAUUUUUGUUGAUCCUCAUACUGAAAAAUUACAAUUACGUAAUAGUGUAUCAAUUCAUUUAGUUCUAUCCGAUGCACCGAAUGGUGAUGCUAAAGAAUUUCUUCCAUUAGAUACAAAUAAUUAUUUAAAUGCAUAUGAUGCUGUUCAAAUGAGAAUGGCAACACAUGCACCUGUUUAUGAAACACGUGAACAAGGUUUAUUAAGAUAUAAAUAUUUAGAAGGUACAGAUACAAUGGCUGCAAUUCAUCGACAACAAUUUGGUAUGAUGUCAUGUAGUGAUAAAAUUCUUAAAUGGAAUGUUUUGGGUGUACAAGGUGCUCUACUUUCAACACUUAUUGAACCUAUUAAAAUUUCUUCAAUUACACAUAUGAGUGGUUUUAAACAACAACAUACUUCACGUGCAUAUUGUUGUCGUUUGAGUAAAGCGUCAUCAACAAUUAAUAUUCAUCAUCCGAAACUUGGUCGAGCAAAAAAUGCUAUAAUUUCAUCAGCUGAUCUUGAUCAUGAUUUAAGUUAUUCAUGGUCAACUGCUUAUCCUACUGGUGAAUUAAUCGAUGCAUCAACUGGUCGUCCUACGACAGGUGGUAUUAGUAUUAUAUCAAAAGUAACAUUAUUGAGUGAAUUUAAACAUUUAUGUUUAAAAAUGUGUUAUCCAUGUAAUAUACAUAUGACAUAUAAUGAAUUAAAAAAAUUAAAUAAAGAAUAUUUUAAACAAAAACAAACAAUGAUUUUAUUUCUUGAACAAGCAAAUUUUGGUUAUUGGUCAUCAGAUAAAAUACAUUUUGAACAAUUUAAAUAUUCAUCGAAUAUUUUACCUAUUAAUCGAAAUAAUUAG